GAAGUAACAAUAACAGUCCUUAGUCGAAUUUUGCGAAGAGAAAAGGAUUGAACGAGAAUGACCUGAUGAUGUCGAAAUUUUCUCAUGGAUUAGAAUGAUUUCUUCAAGUUGUUGAUUCGUUGCAUCAAAGGAAGAAAGGUAUUUGUCUGAACGGAUGCAAAAGCAGUAGCAAGAUGGCGCUUUGUGCCGUCGAAGGUGGCUGCCCCAGCGAUUACGUCGCGAUAGCUUUUGCUGCUGUUUGUAUGACUCUGCUGAUAUUUCGAUCGAUAUUACCAUACGUGAUUUAUAAAAUUCCUCUUCCCAAAGGCAGCCGUUUUUGGAUUCCAGUAAUUCAAGUUUUUGCUAGCCUCAAUCUUCUGCUGUCAAUUGUGAUAUCUCUAAGUUUCCUCAAAUUAAAGAGGCGAAGGUGGCGGUCUUGCUAUAUUUGGGCAGUGUGGAUUGAAGGUCCCCUUGGAUUUGGUUUGCUGCUGAGCAGUCGCAUAACACAGACCUUCCAACUAUAUUACAUUUUUGUAAAGCGUCGUCUACCACCCGUCAAAACAUACAUCUUCCUUCCACUUAUUCUAUUGCCAUGGAUUUCCGGGGCUACAUUCAUCAAUGUCAAGAAGCCUCUAAAUUACAGGUGUCACAUGCGUCCUCAGUGGAUUGCUCCAAUCAUGUCUCUCCAUAUCCUAUAUGUUGCCACUUUAAUUGUACUUACAUGGGCUGUUCGUCACAUAGAGUUCAGGUUUGAUGAACUUAGAGAUCUGUGGAAGGGAGUAAUAGUCUCAGCAUCUUCUAUUGGAGUUUGGCUUUCUGCCUAUAUUACGAAUGAAAUCCAUGAAGAGAUCUUAGGACUCCAAGUUGCCUCUAGAUUUCUGCUAUUAGUCACGGCAAGUAUUCUUGUGCUGACCUUCUUCUCUAUAUCAAGCUCACAACCGCUGCUUUCUCAAAUCAGUUUGAGAAAAAGGGAAAGCCUUGAGUAUGACUCAAUGGGUCAGGCUCUGGGCAUACCAGAUAGUGGAUUGUUACUACAAAGGGAACCAGAAAUAGUCAUGGAUCCUAAUGAACCACUGGAGAAAUUACUUCUGAACAAAAGAUUUCGUCAGUCAUUCAUGGCUUUUGCUGACAGUUGCUUAGCUGGGGAGAACGUGCACUUUUAUGACGAAGUGCAUGAGCUAGGAAAACUGCCUCUGGAUGACCCUGUGAGAAGAAUCUAUAUGGCAAGACAUAUAAUUGACAACUACAUAAGUCCAGGUGCAACAAUGGAGGUGAACAUUUCUCACCGAUGCCGUCAAGAGAUUUUGACGACUUCUGAUCUGGCUGAUCCUAAUCUCUUUAAUAACGCACUAAAUGAGCUGAUACAGUUGAUAAAGAUGAAUUUGGCAAAAGAUUUCUGGUCGUCAAUGUUCUUUCUGAAGUUAAAAGAAGAAACGAGUAUGAGAUCAAAUGGGCGAGAGAUUGAACAGAUAACGAGUUGGAACCUCUCUCCUAGACUGAGUUCUGUACAAGGCGCUGAUGAUCCUUUCCACCAAGAGCAAUGUCCAAAGGGCGCUGGCCAUGAUAGUACUCACUACUCGGACCACUAAGGUCCUAGGAUUUGAAAUCUACAGAUCCCUCAUUGUUGCUGCCUUUACAUCUCAAGAUUAUUAAUUGGUUCAUAGCUGAAGUGCAUUUCCUUCUUCUAGCCUCGAAACGGAAUGAAGUUGACAGAGAACUAAAAGUGUUUGUCAUUUAUCUCUCCCCACGUUAACAGCAAGGCAAGCUCAGAGUUGAAAGCGGAGUGAUGGGGCAGAUAAAUCAUGUGAUUUCCCUCAUCUGUUAAAGAAAUAAAACAAAAGUUUGUCUUCAUUAUGUUUUACGACCUUCACACGAUGUAAACGGUAACUGAGGGGAUGCACUGUGAGCAAUUAAUGUAACGGAGGAUGCAGAGUUAUCAUCUUGGGUUUGAUAAUGUAGUGGUCCUUCUCAUAAGGAGUUAUGACAUCGGCGAUUUCUUUA